AAUUAAGAUGGCCAAAGCUGUGGCUACUGUUGUCACGGAGGGGAUCAUCGAUAAGUUGCUCUCCUUGGUUGCCGAUGAGAUCAAUAAUCUAGCCUGGGGUUUCAAGGCAGAGCUAAGAAAGCUUCAGAACAUAUUGAAGAAGAUUCAAGUUGUAGUUAAGGAGGCUGAGACGAUGCAAGUGAAGAAUGAGAACGUGAAAGAUUGGUUGAUGAAAUUGAGAGAUGUGGCUUAUGAAGCUGAUGACGUACUGGACGAAUAUGCAACAGAAAUUUUGCGACGCAAGAUGGAGAUUAGAAAAAGCAUGAAGAAAAAGGUAUGCAACUUCUUCUCACCCUACUCCAACCCAGUUGCAUUUCGUCUUAGGAUGGCUCAUGAGAUUAGGAAGAUCAAUGUGAAGUUGGACGGAAUUGAUAAAGAAAAGAACAGGUUUCAGUUCAGUAGUAGUACAAACACUACUUCUAUUACAAGCAUUCAAAAAGGAAAAGGAGUGCAAGAAACCUAUGCUUUUCUUGAUGAUAUUGCUGAUUUACCAAUUGUCGGGAGGGACAAGGAUAAAUCAAAAAUCAUAAAUAACCUACAAGACUGUUGUGGUGAUGAGGUUAAUGUCUCAGUCCUUCCAAUAGUUGGUAUUGGAGGAUUAGGCAAAACCACGCUUGCUCAGUUAGCGUUCAAUGAUGAAUCCAUAAACCAACAUUUUGAUUUAAAAAUGUGGGUUCGUGUGUCGAAUAUUGGCUUUGAUGUCAAAAGGGUGGGUAGGCUGAUCAUAGAAUCAGCAACGAAAAAUAGUUGCAACCUAGAAAAUUGGGAUAUGAUUGUAAGAAAAAUUCGAGAGAGUUUAGGAGGGAAGAGAUAUUUACUGGUUCUCGAUGACGUUUGGAAUGAGGAUGAAAGCGAGUGGAACCAGUUGAGAAAGUGUUUAGGAGAUGCUGCUAAGAAAGGAAGCAAAAUCCUUGUAACAACACGCAGUGAGAAGGUUGCAUCCGUCGUGAGGGGUGAACCUCUAAUGCACCGUUUGGAAGCAUUAUCUGAUAAAGACUGUUGGUCCAUAUUCCAGCGAAGAGCAUUUGCAAUUGCAAAUAAGGAUGAAAAUGCAGAUCUGGAGAAAAUUGGAAUAGACUUGGUGAAAAGGUGUAAGGGUGUGCCUUUAGCAGUAAAAGCAUUGGGAGGGCUAUUGCGCACCAAAAGAUCAAAAGAGGAAUGGGAGUUGGUGAGAGACGAUGAAAUUUGGAAACAAUACAGAAAUGAUAAUGCUCAAAUCAUGGCGGCCCUGAAACUGAGUUACGAUGAUUUGCCUUACCAUUUGAAGCAGUGUUUUGCUUAUUGUUCUGUGUUUCCAAAAGACUAUGUGAUUUAUAAACAUAUGUUGAUAUGGCAAUGGAUUGCGCAUGGGUUUGUGGUUGGAGAAGCUAACGAUGAGGUUUCAUUGGAAGAUACCGCUGAGAAAUACUUCAGUAGCUUAUUGGGUCGGUCGUUUUUCCAGGAUGUAGAGAGAGAUGAAUAUUCAGGUGAAAUAAGGAAAUGCAAGAUGCAUGACCUCAUGCAUGAUCUUGCACAAUCAGUGAAUGGGGAUGAAUGUUGUGUUAUUGAUCAGUUGUCGUCAAAUUCAUCAUCAAACUCAUCGAUAAAUGACGACGAUGAUGAGGAUGUUCAUCAACAGCAGAAUAAAUUAAGACAAAUUGUUCAUGAAAAAGCUCGUCAUUUGUCAGUUGUUGCACCUAUGGGAUCUUAUCCCGAGCCAAGGACAAUUGUAGAAUUGUUGUCGUCGUAUGUUGGAGCUGGUGGUGGAAGGCGACUGCGUACUAUUCUUCUCUUAAGGGAUAUUUGCAAAAUUGACUACAAUCUGUUUGAUUAUAUGUCAUUGAACUUAAAGUGCUUACGCGUGUUGGACUUGUCUAGGCGCUAUGAUGAGAAUAGGGAGGUUUUGGUGUCACCUGAGAUCGGAAGGUUGAAACAUUUGAGAUACCUUAACCUCUCGUGUACAGACAUUGAAGAUUUACCCGACUCAAUCACCAACCUCUACAACUUGCAGACGUUACUGCUCUCAGGGUGCCGGAAUCUUAAACAACUCCCACGAGAUAUGAGAAAGAUGAUUAAUUUGAGGCAUCUGGGUAUCAUGUUUAGUGGCGUUGAGAAGAUGCCAGUGGGAAUGCUAGGACAAUUAACCAACCUCCAAACAUUAUGGGGUUUUGUUAUAGGCAGUACUGGAGAGUUUGGACAUCUUCUUUCAAAUCAUCUUCGCCAAUUGGGUAUAGUUUUCAAAGGUGACUGGUUCCACAACCUUAACCUCCAUGAACAAGCAAUUAGCGGGGCAAAGUUUUUAAAGGACAAACACCACCUUCGUCAGUUGGGGCUCCUUUGGGAAGGAAAUUCUUCUAUUCCGGAUGGUGUGGGUCUAGACAUCGUCAAUGAUGUGCUGCUGGAAGCCCUCGAACCUCACUCUAAUCUCAAAUAUUUCUUUUUAAUAGGAUUUCCUGGCAUAAGAUUGCCUUCAUGGAUUACAAAGAUUGAACGAGUGGUAAUAGUGAAUUGCCCUAAUCUGGCGUUUCUUCAAGACGAAGAAGAAGAAGAAGAAAGGAACCAGAACUCUAAUUUGGUGUCUCUCAAUGCACUGUGGAUGGAGCAUUGCCCCAACCUGAGAUCCCUGUGGGAAGGGAUCCAAGGCUUCACAUCAUUAAAACGGUUGUGUAUUAGACGAUGUCCCUAUUUGACAAGGAGAUAUAACAGACAGACAGGGCAGGAUUGGAACAAGAUUGCUCAUAUUCCAGAUGUCCAAAUUUGAGAUCAUUAAUCUAAGGUGAUUCGGCUUUGUCCAAUCCAUCCAA